CUGUUCAUGAGUGUUGGUGAAACAGGUGUUGCUAAGCUGAUGUCAGUCAGAAUGGCUCUUCUUCUUCCUCUGAUCUUUCUGUUCAUGAUUCACAGGGUUUCUAGUGCUGAUUGGGGUGUGAGUUACAGUCAUUCACGCAUCUGUGCACUAAAGAACUCAUCAGUGAUAAUGAGCUGCACUUAUACAUACCCUACUGGAUAUCAGAUCAUGAAAGUGUAUUGGACCAAAGACGAUAUAAGGGGUGCAGAGCCUCCAGAUCUGUCUGAAGAUCCUGAAUACAGCCAGAGGCUUCAGUAUCUGGGAGAUAAACAGAAGAACUGCACCAUCAGACUGAAUCAUGUGACACAGAAAGAUGAAAACAUGUACUAUUUCAGAUUCAUCACUGAUAAAGAAAAUGGCAAAUGGACUGGUCAUCCAGGUGUCAGUCUUACUGUCACAGAUCUUCAGGUGGAGUCUCCUGAGAGAGUGACAGAGGGAGAUUCAGUCCGUCUGACAUGUAAAAGCAGCUGCACUCUGACUGACAGAGCAACAUUCAUCUGGUACAGAAACUCACAGCCAUUAACUGAGAGAAGAGACAGAAACAAUGAACUCCUGCUGCAGUCAGUCAGAAGAGAGGAUGCAGGCAACUAUAGCUGUGCUGCACAUGAACACAGUCACUAUCUUACAUCACCUGAUGUGCAGCUCAAUGUCAGAUAUCCUCCAGAGAGUCCUGUGAUCUUCAUCAGUCCAUCUGGUGAAAUAGUGGAGGGAGAUUCAGUGACUCUGAUCUGCAGCAGUGAUUCAAACCCACCUGCAAAAAUCAGCUGGUUUAAAGGAGAAAUGUUUGUAGGAUCUGGAAGAAUUUACAGCAUCUCAAAUAUCAGCUCUGAUCACAGUGGAGAAUACAAGUGCAAGUCCAGAAAUGAACAUGGAGAGAAAUACUCUGAUGCUGUCACUUUAAACGUCAUGUAUCCACCCAGGAAUGUCUCAGUGUUCAUAAAUGGAUCUGCUGAAACAGAGGAAGGUGAUUCAGUGACUCUGAUCUGCAGCAGUGAUUCAAACCCACCUGCUCUGAACUUCAGCUGGUUUAAGGAGAAUCAAUCCUCAGCUGCUGGAUCUGGACAGAGUUUCAGUGCACUACAGAGUGGACGCUUCUACUGUGAGGCUCACAAUCAACAUGGAUCUCAGAGAUCAGACGCUGUUACUGUCACUGUUAAAGGACGUCCGCUGAUAAUAUACAUAUCCACAGGAGUGGUUUGUGGAGCUGCAGUUAUCCUCACGAUGUUGCUGAUUUCGAGAUGCAUGGUGAAAAAGAGAAAAGACAAACCUGAAACUGAGAUGGAUUAUUCCAGACCUGAUGAUGACAGAAAUGAAGUAUCUGAUGUUGAGAUGACUGAACCUUUGUAUGACAACAUCACGGUGCAUCAUUCUGGACCUUAUGAUGACAGAUUUAAAGAUGAUGUUGAGUCGGCUGAAGCUGUGUAUGAGAAUUUUCACUCUUGAUAUCAAAUAUGUGCUGACCGUGGUGCACAGCAUAUAAUUCAAGUCCUUUUGUAUAGAUAUUGUAUUUCUUUUUUUUUUUUUUUUUUUUUUUUUUCCCAGGGUUACAGGCCGUAGUGUUUGGGACACGUGGCAAAACAUUCUACACCCUGUCUCUUUCUGUCUCUCUGUGGGUGGAGCCUUGAAUGAUUGACAGUAGUGUCUUGAUUUACAGAAAUGAAUUUAGCAGUUAUUUUAUCCAGAAUGACUUACAAACGAUGAUCAUCACAAGCAAUUUGUCAAAAGAGCCAACAGUUGCUGUACACAAAGCUAAGAUUAAUGUGUUACUGAAAUGGUGUGAGAAUUAUUUUAUUUAGGAACUGAUGAAAUUAUAUCUUGAAUUGAGUUGGUAUGAAAACAAUCUUCAUUUACAACAAACAAAAUCUAAAAAAACGAAUAUAAUCAUGUAAUAUGUCAUUGUAUG